UGGCCCAUCACAAUUCCCAGCAGUUUUCUUAGGGAUUCUGAACUCACAAAAUCGCACUGUUUUUUCGACCAAGAAGAAGCUCAGAAGUUCCAUCGAAAAUACAAAGAAAACUGAUUCGGCUUGAUUCUUGGGAAUCAAAUAAUUCUUGAACAGGUCUGCUAUAAAUUUAGUAGAUAUGUCUGUUCCAUUGACGCCUUCUAAGAGGCCACAUGAUCGAAACCUUACAGAGUCAAAUGGGAAAGGAAAGUGGCAAAAGACACACAAACAAUCUAUGAAAUUCUCUCCUGGGAGUGUUGUCUUACGCUUACUCUGUCCUGCUUCCAAAACUGGUGGUGUCAUUGGAAAAGGGGGCACCAUCAUAUCUGAAAUCCGUCAAGAAACUGGUGCAAAGGUCAGAGUUGAGGAAACUGUUCCUGGUUGUGAUGAGAGGGUAGUUGUUAUCUCAGGUUCUGAUAAAGAGAUUGAGGUGACGACUGAAGCAAGCCGGGAGGAUGGUGGUGAAGAGGCAAACAUGGAUGAAAAGAACGAUGAUGAAAAGGAACAGAAUGAAAACAAUGAAGAUAAAGAAUCUGAUGCUGUGGGAGAUGCCAAAUCGGAUAAGGGAACUUCAGCCGUGCAGAAGGCCCUUUUUCUUGUUUUUGAGAGAAUAAUUGAAGGAGAACCAGAGACAGAUGGAGGGGAUGAAGAUGAUAAUAAGUCUUCUUCAAUUGUUUUUAGGUUACUUGUGCUUUCCAAUCAAGUAGGCUGCCUUUUGGGAAAGGGUGGCAGUGUAAUCAAGCAAAUGUCAGCUGAAAGCGGGGCACAAAUACGGAUUCUUCCAAGGGACAAACUUCCUCCAUGUGCAUCCGCUGCUGAUGAAUUAGUUCAGAUCACUGGGGAAAUUGAUGCAGUAAGGAAAGCUCUUCAAUCCGUUUCUCAACAGCUUUUGGAGAAUCCACCUCGGGAUCAUGACCCUUCCCCUGUCAACCCUUCAGGGCCAUCAUCUCAAUCAUUUGGUCAUCCUCAUCCCAGGCCAGAUGCAUAUCCACCACAUAACCGUUCUUUUGCUGCUCACGGAGCGCCUUAUGCUACUGGACCUCGUGAUGUUGCUGAUUAUCAUUCUGCUGUUCCUCCUAUGAUUUCUAAGUAUCAUGAAAGUGGUUUUCCUGGUCGAAUGAAGCAUUCACAGGAAAUGUUAACUUUCCGAUUGUUGUGCCAUGAUGAAAGAGUAGGAGGUGUGAUUGGAAAGGGAGGAUCAAUAAUUAAGACCCUUAAGCAAGAGACUGGCUGUGAGAUCAAAGUCAUGGAAGCUGUCUCUGAUUCAGAGGAUCGCAUUAUUAUCAUUUCUGGGCCAGCGCACCCUGAUGAUAGGAUAUCAGCUGUGCAAGAUGCAGUUCUCCGUGUUCAGACUAGGAUAGUCAGAGCUAUACCUGAUAACAAGGAGCAGUCUGUAUUAGCAAGGCUUCUUGUUUCUUCCAAUCAAAUUGGCUGUCUCCUUGGCAAAGGUGGUUCCAUCAUAGCAGAAAUGAGGAAGUUAUCUCGGGCACAUAUUCGCGUAUUGGGGAAGGAUCAGAUUCCAAAGUGUGCUUCAGAAGAUGAAGAAGUAGUCCAGAUAAACGGAGAAUUUGAAGCAGUUCAAGAGGCUCUUUUGCAGAUAACAACUAGGUUGCGGCAUCAUUUUUUUCGGGAUGCGUUUCCUUCUAUUAAUUAUCCUUCAAAUCCUGCAUUCCUGGAUCAAGUACCUCCAUUCCCUUCAUAUAUGGGAAGGAGAGAACUCUCACCCCCAGGAAUGUAUUCUAAUCUAGGUCCAUCAUUCCACAAGUUUGACGCUGUUGGUGGCCCACCUCCCCAUGGUGGUUUUCAUCCCCAUGAUGAUCGUUCUCCUUUUAUGCACAAUAUUCAUAGACUUGGUGCUGCCCCUCAUUUAUUAUCUGAAAGAAAACCAUGGGGUCCUCAGGGACUAAUUGAAGGUGGUGGCCCUAUAGGCUUGCCAGAUUUUGGUGGACCCCCCCAAAGAAGAUUUGCAGGAUUUGGCGGAGGAAGCCAGCCUGCAGUUAUAACAAGCACCACUCUUGAAGUUGUUGUUCCUAGUUCUCUUGUUCCAGUAAUUUAUGGAGAAGAUGGUGAAUGUUUGAAACAAAUUCGUAAGAUCUCUGAUGCAAAAAUUACAAUUACGGAGCCAAAGCCUGGAGCAGUGGAAACUGUAAUUGUAAUAUCUGGAACUCCUGAACAAACCCAUGCUGCACAGAGUCUUAUUCAAGCAUUUGUAAUGAGCGAGACUGAGUCCAGUUGAUCUCUUCAUUCAGUUGAGGAUCUUGAAGAUUGGAAAUUUCCCGAGUUCUAAUAUUGCUGUUCUGUGUGUGGUGGCCUUCAUUUGUUUUUGAUUUUAUGAUUUUGCACGGAGGAUCCACCACCAAUCGUUGCACUUUGCAGAUAUAAAUGCUGAGGGCCAUUUAGGUUGUGAUUAUCUGCUCUAUGUUACAAGACUGCUAAUUGAACGUGUAAUGUUCUGAAGUAAAAUUACUAAACUUUUCCCCAAGUGAAGAUGCAUUAGUUGUUUGUAGCAAAAUUCUUCAGCUUUUGAAGUGUACAUGAUUUUGGAACUGCUAGAUAUUUUGAGCAAGGGGAAUAGUACAAUUCAUAAACCUGAAAGUUGUUUUUUCUGUUUUUGAACUCC